GUCAAAGGCUUCUUGGUGAAGUUAACUAACCUUUCUCCUUGCGAAUUAAAAUGGCAGUCUCCUCCUCCUCCUCAGCUACUAUAACUAAUACAUUUUUUAAAUCUUCACCAUUUCUACACUCUUCACCACGUCUCUUCUCAACUAAUCUUCCAACAAAAACAAGAACCCUAAAAUUCAAUUCAACUUCAAAUUCUAGGGUUGUCAAAACGAUGAAUAUAAAAUUAAAUGCAAUUCCUGAUCAAUUAGGGUUCCAAGGAUUUGUUGAUAUUCUUCAAUCUUCACCGCCUACCUGGGAAUCUUCUCUUUUGAAUAAUCUUCUUAUUUUCAUUAUUGGUUCUCCAAUUCUUGUUACUGGUUUAUCAACUUCAGGUAUUGCUGCUGCUUUCUUGCUUGGUACUUUGACAUGGCGUGCUUUUGGCUCUUCUGGAUUCUUACUUGUAGCUACUUAUUUCGUCAUUGGCACAGCAGCAACUAAGGUGAAAAUGGCUCAAAAAGAGGCCCAAGGGGUGGCAGAGAAGAGGAAGGGAAGGAGAGGCCCCAGUAGUGUUAUCGGUUCCAGUGCUGCAGGUUGUGUUUGUGCUUUCUUAUCCAUAUAUGGUGUAGGUGGAGCAGCACUUUCAGGUCUUUGGCAACUAGGGUUUGUGGCGAGUUUUUGUACCAAGUUGAGUGAUACAGUUUCCAGUGAGGUUGGAAAAGCAUAUGGCAAAACCACAUACUUAGUUACCUCUUUCAAGGUUGUCCCUAGAGGAACUGAAGGAGCUGUUAGUGUCGAAGGAACUGUUGCAGGUCUCUUGGCUUCUAUGCUUCUUGCAUUAGCUGGAUUUUACAUGGGUGAGGUUAGUGUACCUCAAGCUGUCAUCUGUGUGUUGGCUUCCCAGAUUGCUAAUCUUGGAGAGAGCUUGAUCGGUGCCGUGCUCCAAGACAAGGAAGGAUUUAGAUGGCUCAAUAACGAUGUGGUUAAUGUAAUAAACAUAUCUCUUGGAAGCAUUUUUGCAGUCCUCAUGCAACAAGUUCUGUUCCAGAAUUGGCAUUAGUGAUGAUAUAGCGCAAAAUAGUUCAGUGAUCAACUUGAUGACACCUUACUCACAGACAAGCUCAAGUUUCUCAUAUCAUCUCAUUCAUAAGGUUGUGGUUAUCAUCUUUCCUAGAAGAGUCAUUUUAGCCAAAGAAAUGGAAAUAUGGAAUUUCUCACAAGAAAUGACUGUAAUGUGUUACGAUCACACUAGGAAAGAUUGUAAUGGAAAGGAUAUAAUAGGCCGUGGAGAAGAAGUGCAGGUAAAUGUUAAUGGUGAUUGUUAAGAAAAGGAUGGAUAUGGUAGAAAAAUGAAAGAUAAAGGGUUUACGAACGAACCCUAACGUCCAAGGCCUAUAGAGUAGCCCUAACCUCCAAGCUUCAGUCUUGCGACCUAAACCUAAUAACAAUGCAGAGUGCCAUUUGUUUUAACAUAAUUUCAAUUCGAUAUCUAUUUCAUUGAGACUGGACACUUUAAAUAGAGUUUACAAGGCAUUCAGUUA